AUGAAUUUUCAAAAAUUAAUUGAAACCAGAUUUGCAGACCCUGUUACAGCUUUAGACAUCUCUGCUAGACACAUUUGUUAUGGCAGUGCAAUGGGUAGAAUAGCAUUUUAUAACAUAAAGGAUGAUAAAGAUCAAGCUCUUUCAGAUAGUUAGCCUGAACUGAUUAGAGGAAUCUCACAUUCAGAAAAGGGAGAAGAUAUUUUUGUCAGUAUUGGAGAUAUCAGUUGUCAAAGACUCAGUGAAGAGGAUUUGAAUGUCAUUGAUUAUGUUUAGAUUGUUGAAAAUAUCGAGGAGAAAGUUCACAAAGCUAACUGUGAGAGGUCUUUCACUCUUAGUUAUUCACACUAUAACUGCGUCCUCACAAUUGAUAUGGGCGGAAAAGGUAAAAUCAAUAGCAUUCACAAAUUAGAUAAAGGAGAAGACCAAGCUGAAUAAAACCCUCCAAUUAUGCUUAGCAAUCUUAAUACAAACAUUCUUGAAAACUACGGGGAAGAAAGUCAAGUUAAAUUCUCCUAGAAUACAGUCCCAUUUGACUUUGAUGGUCAGAGAUUAUUAUGGAUGGAAUAUAAGACUAAAGACGAGAGAGUAGUCUACAUUUAUUAUUUUGAAACCAAGACUAAAGCUGAAAUUAUUCAUUUCACUAAGAGAGAUGGACUUAUUUCUCAUAUGAAAUUCUUAGGUGAUUGGUUAUUUUUCAAAUACGACAUGAGAUAAAAGAGCCAAAAAAUCAUUGGGCAGACUAAAGAUUCAGUGUUGGCAACUUUUGUUAGUCACAAUAAGAUCAGAGACUUCGAUAGAAACAUUGAGGAAAACAAGAGAAAUGAUUAGAUUGGCAUUGAGAUAAGAGAGGAUAUCGAAGAACAAAAGAGUCAAAAGGAUGAGACAUUUUAAUACUGCUGCGUCGAUGAAAGUGAGAUUGUUUACAUCUUUAGCGACAAAACUAGCUUUGUUAAUAAAAAGAACUCAGGAUUUCAACACAGAAUUAGAGACUGUAAAGAUGUGCCAUCUGACCUAAAGGACAAGGAUCUGUUUGGCAUGGGGUAUCCUUACUAUAUCUGUAUGUAUGGUAAAGCUGUAGCAUGUUCGAGCGACUACGGAGUACAUGGGGAAAGGCUUGAUGAGGUUAAGUAGAAAGCUGGAAAAAAGCCUAAUUUCAUUGAAUUCGCAUUUGAUCCCUAGCUUAGUAAGAAUGGUAAAUAACAAUCUCUUAAGGCAGGCUAAAAUAUCAAAGAGGUUAUUAAAAGCUUAGGCUAUGAAGACUGCUCAAUUAAAUACAUUGUCUCUCCAUUCAUAAGAACACUUUAAACAGCUGCUUAUCUUUAAUUUGGAAUAACUGGCAAGACUGAUACAACUCUUAUUACAAAUCCUAGCAUUUGUGUUAAAUUAGCUGCUAAAAUGAAGUAAGAUCCUUUGACAAAGGGAACACUAGCUAAGUAUGAUUUAAAGAAAGUUAUCUCUGAUUAUUUGGAUUAAAAAGUGGGGGAUAUUGUUAGCGAUGCACUUGCAAAGUUAGACAGACCCACUUUUCCAGAGGAAACUUCAAAGUAAAGAUAUAUUAAAGGAUUUAAAGACAUUAUUUAAAGCCAUUUCAUUGAGUAGGAAUCUUUGAAAUAGGUUAUUAUUUUAGUCUCUCACAGUGAUGGAAUAAAUGCUUUCCAUGGACUGAAUGGGGAUGCUGGAAAAAUAUCACAUCCAAGCUAUUGCUGCACAUUGCUUCAUGAACUUCAAUAGGAAAAUCAAGAAUAUAAUAUAGCGAGCACUCAUUUAAUAGCCGAAUGA